AAAUGCUUCAAAUAUCUAGUUCUUCUGCGGUCAUGUGAAUGCGUCGUCAUCAUUAUCAUCUGCUCAACUCAUUAUUCGGGCCAGCAACUGCCACAUCCUCGGCUCAUUCUCCAACCCUCAACCUUUAUCUCGGUCUCAAGAUCAAGAACAUUCCCAGACUACUAUAUGUACUCCGUACUCCCUCCUCCGAACCUAUCCCCGAUCGUGUCCAUUUCUACUCCGUCCCGUCCCUUCCCUUUUCUUUUUUUUUGCCUUGUCCUGCAUCUGCCCAGCUCCGGUGUAUCCAUCGGGAUUUAUCUGUUUCGGUCAAGUUCACUUUAUUGGCGCCGGUGAACGCAAGCAGCAGUGAUUGAGGGAAUCAGGUGGUGUGACCUCUUCUUGACCUGACAAUACAUCAUGUCGCCCCUUUCCUCUUCUUCCUCUUCUCCAUCUUCUUCUUUUUCCCUUACUUCUUCAUCCUCUCCAUCCUCUCCAUCCUCUUCCUCCACUGCUACCUCUACUUCUACCGCUCGCUCCCGUCUUGCUUCUCUCUCCUCGCACAUCAUGGGCUCUACCACCCCCUCCGUCUUUUCCACCGCCGUCGUGCCCGCCGCGCCAGAAGAUGCUCUCUUCGGUCUGGCUCAGGCUUUUCGCCAGGAUUCCUCCGACAAGAAGGUUGAUCUAGUCAUUGGCGCGUACCGCGACAACAAUGCCAAACCCUGGAUCCUGCCCGUCGUCAAGAAGGCCGACGAGCUCGUUCGCAAUGACCCCGCCCUCAAUCACGAAUACCUCCCCAUCAAAGGUCUCGCCGACUACACCACUGCCGCCCAGAAGUUGAUGAUUGGCGCAGACAGCCCUGCCAUUCGCGAGAACCGCGUAUGCACCUUCCAGACCAUCUCCGGCACCGGUGCCGUGCACCUGGGCGCUCUCUUCCUCUCCAAAUUCCACCCCUCCAACCCUAAGCCCACCGUCUACCUCUCCAACCCAACGUGGGCCAACCACAACCAAAUCUUCACCAACGUCAACCUCUCCCUCGCCAACUACCCCUACUUCGACCCGCAAACCAAGGGCCUCAACUUCUCUGGCAUGCUCUCCGCCCUUCGCGACGCUCCCAGCGGCUCCAUCAUCCUCCUGCACGUCUGUGCCCACAACCCCACCGGCGUCGACCUGACCCAAGACCAAUGGAAGGACGUCGCCGUCGUCAUGCGCGAGCGCAACCACUUCCCCUUCUUCGACUGCGCCUACCAGGGUUUCGCCUCGGGUGACCUCGCCCGCGACUCCUGGGCUGUGCGCUACUUCGUCGAGCAGGGCUUCGAGCUGUGCGUCGCGCAAUCUUUCGCCAAGAACUUUGGUCUGUAUGGUCAGCGCACGGGCGCCUUCCAUUUCGUCUCCGCCCCGGGUGCCGAGGCCACCCAGGCGAAUGCGCAUAUCGCGUCGCAGCUCGCCAUUCUGCAGCGCAGUGAGAUCAGUAAUCCGCCAGCGUACGGUGCGCGCAUUGCCAGCCGGGUGUUGAACGAUGAGGGUCUGUUCCAGGAGUGGGAGGAGGAUCUGAAGACGAUGAGUGGUCGCAUUGCGGAGAUGCGCAAGGGAUUGAGGGAGCGCCUGGAGAAGAAGGGCACGCCGGGCACUUGGAACCACAUUACGGAUCAGAUUGGCAUGUUCAGUUUCACCGGGUUGACUGAGACGCAAGUGAAGGUGUUGAAGGAGAAGUGGCAUGUCUAUAUG